ACUAACGAACGAACGCACGAACUAACGAACAAACGCACGAACUAACGAACGAAUGCACGAACUAACGAACGAAUGAACGAACUAACGAAUGAACGUACGAUAUAACAAACGAACGCAUGAAUUAACGAACGAACGCAAGAAAGAAAGAAAGAAUGAAAUAAAGAAAGAAAAGAGGAGGAGUAUAGAAAAAGAAUAGUAAGUUUUAUGUUCUGACAGCACCUAAGGAGACGGUUGAGUCUAGGGAGGGCAGGGUGGACGGGAGAUAUCUUUUCUUUCUUGCAGAAUUAUAAUAAACAGUUGUCCUUUCCAAUAUGCCACUAUCCACGCGACCCACACGCUGUUCCACUGGGUUGUAUCACCACGUCACUCACGUGUCAAAAUCAAGCGGACUCUCUUGGAAAAAAGCAACAAAUUUUUAAUAGAACCAAGCGUUGUUGUUCAAAACACAUUUUCCUAUCACAAAAUCACCGGAAACUACAGCUGUAACCCAUCCUGAAAUCAAUUUCCAUAUGCCCCAGUCUCCGACCUAACGUGACAACCGCGGAAUUCAUUGUUUGUUAUUGCGUGCGUGUAUUGUUAUGCUGAAAUUUCAGCUUCACUGGUUGAACGAAGGCAGACAAUAUAUGUCGCAAUAAGCCGCUGGACGCCGUAUGAUACUUCAUCUGAAAACACUACAAGAAAUUUCUCAGUCGUUUUCGACUCUACACACAAGAAGAUCGUUUAUCGAUCCGCUAAUCACAAGAUGAAAUAUUUGUCUUUCUUCGUUUUACUCCUCUCGCUUCAAGACCAUUCCAAAGCCUCUAAAGUCUGCUAUGGUAAAUACGGAUGCUUUUCAAGCGACCCUCCAUUUGACAAGUCACUCAUUUUACUACCCUCUGAUCCUGAUUCGAUCGGUACGAAGUUUAUCCUGCACACCAAAACGAACGCACAUAGUAACCUAGAAAUCCUCAAUACAGACAACAACACCUCAAUCGUUAACUCUACGUUUGACCCUUUGCUAAAAGUGAAGUUUAUUGUGCAUGGAUAUACCCAGAAUGGAGAGAGUGCCUGGGUAAAAAAGAUGGCGUCGGAGCUUUUGAAAAAAGAGAAGAUGAACGUGAUUGUGGUCGAUUGGGGACUAGGGUCUAGUGUCAUGAAUCUUUAUGACAUCGCAGCCGGAAACACGCGGCUUGUUGGAGCACAGGUAGCUGAUUUAAUCGACGUAUUGCACCGGAAGUUCAAUGUGGCGCUGAACAAGUUUCAUAUUAUUGGACACAGUCUUGGCGCACAAGUAGCAGGUUUUGCCGGAGAAAGACUGGUUAAGAGCGGAAAAGUUAUUGGGCGAAUUACAGGUCUGGAUCCUGCGAGACCUGGGUUUGACUUUGAUGACGGGCGAAUUAGACUGGACCCGACUGACGCAAUGUUUGUCGACGUCAUUCACAGCGACGUAAGGAAUGGUGCCAUCGAUAGCUCUUUAGGACUCCAGCGUCCCUGUGGUCACGUGGAUUAUUACCCUAACGGUGGGAUAGAGCAGCCGGGAUGUGCAACUUCUCACGUCGUUGGAGGUGCGGUCGAUUCCUUAUUGGACAGUGGUCAAGUCUCUUUACCAUGGAUGGUAGCCUGUAAUCACAUGAAAUCAGUGGCCUAUUUCACUGCCUCAAUCAAUAGCGCAUGCGCGUUCAAAGCUUUCCCAUGUGACAACUGGACGGAUUUUCAAGAUGGAAAGUGUCUCUCGUGCGAUGGAAAAUGCUCUGAAAUGGGAUACAACGCUAAAAAACAUCGCGGGAGCAAGCCUGUGCUAGCGUACUUGAAAACAGUAAAGCAGGCACCUUUCUGUGUCAGCGACAAUUAUUACCGGGUUGUCGUCCACUCAAAAGCUGGGUCUAACCUGUUCUCAAUCUCCAGCAUUAUUAACGACAGAAUUUCUGUCAAGCUCAUUGGAAGCAAGGGGACUGUGGAAACGGUCCGUCCAAGAAGUUUAAAAAACGGAAAGAAUAGUUUCGUGCUUUCAUCUGCUCGUGACGUUGGAAAACUGCGAUCUGUCCAAGUCCAACUUAAUGGAUACGGCUCCUUCCUGAAGAAAGUUGUUGUGCACUCCAAGGCGACGAACAAAAGAUACACUGCGUGCUUUAGGAAACAACUGGGAGGCUACUUCUCAUAUCUGAUAUCUUUUAAUUACACCCGAACCUUCGUGGAAGGGAAACACCACCAUUGUUGAAAAGGGUAAGGAAUGGCCAUAGGAACAAACAAAGCGAGAAACGAGGCUAAACGAAGCCUCAGAACACGAAGAUUGUGUAGCUACUGCUAUCAUCACACCAGCUUUUCAAUCUAGCAUUUUACAAGUCAGCUUACAUCUCUUACUUUAGGCGAUUAUAGACGCUACAAUGUAAUCCCUGAUAUAACCAAACAAGUUUGUUGAGGGAAGAAAUAGUUUCAGUAAGAGGGAUCGGGAAGGGGUUUUUUAAUUUCAAUUUUUUUCUAAUACAUUUAAUUUCUUAUUUUCUUUUCAUUUGUUUCUAAUAUAAUACUCAGCUCAAGCAACUUCAAACACGUUUUCGUUUUUCACGUUAUUUUCUCAAUAAAGAAAAUGACGUAUAUAGUGAAACUAGUUUUCUACUAACUGGAACAUGUAGGAGAGGGUAACAUAUGGGCGUGACAAAGAGGGGGGGGGGUCUAUAUUCAUGGGAGUUCCCCCUUAGUUUUCAGAAAGUGAUAGUAGGUUAUGAUAAGAAUGGACUUGGCAUGGUCCUCAAAUAUCAGCAAGACACAAGUGUGGAACCCUCCCACCACACUCAUACCUCCCCUAUUGAGAAAAAUCUUCUGCUUGAGCACUAGGUAACGGCUACCUCAUAGUUGACGCAAAUAUCAAUACCUUAAUAUUUCUAAAGAGGUCAACACCAAAUCAUCACAUAGGUUACCUCUCUAAAAGUAAUUCAAUAACUGUAAAAAGGAAACAUAUUAAUAAAAUGUAGUUCAUACUUA